AUGGAUGACAUAGACAAGUUUGAAUUCUCAAAUUGUUCAAGAUCCAAUUCUAGUGAUCAAUUUGGUCGGAUCGAUAAGUGGCUUGGCAUCACUCUUCAGACUGUUGUAAAAAAUAUAGCGAACGGAGAAACGGCCUCAACAGGAGGAGGACAAAGAACUGUGGUCCACCCUAGGCAAAAACUUCAGCUUUUAGGUGUUUCUUCAAUGCUCAUUGCUGUGAAGUAUGAGGAAAUCAGCCCUCCAGAUGUUGGGGACUUUUGUUAUAUUACAGACAAUACAUACUCAAAGAAGGAGAUGGUAAAGAUGGAGGCUGAUGUGCUAAAAUGCCUCAAAUUUGAAUUGGGAAAUCCCACUACCAAAACAUUUCUCAGUAGAUUUACUAGGAUUGCUCAAGAAGAUUACGAAAACCUCGAUUUGCAGUUAAAGUUUUUGGGCUACUACCUAGCAGAGUUAAGUUUGUUAGAUUACAACUGCGUGAAAUUCUUGCCUCCUUUGGUAGCCGCUGCUGUGAUGUUCCUUUCAAGGUUCACAUUACAGCCAAAGCCACAUCCUUGGAGUCUGGCCCUUCAACGUUGCUCGGGAUAUAGACCAAUGGAUCUAAAGGAUUGUGUUCUUAUCAUACAUGACUUGCAAUUAAGUGGAAGAGGAAAUACUCUGGCAGCUGUGAGGGACAAAUACAAGCUGCAUAAGUUCAAAUGUGUGUCAACAUUGUCUUCUCCUCUGGAAAUACCGGAUUCUUUCUUUGAAGAUACAAUCUAAUGAUUUAUCAGGGCUGGUUUAUACUGAUUU